AAUGGGGCGUUUCAUCUCCGUCGCCGUCCUCCUCGCCUCUCUCGCCUUAAUUGCUCUUUCCACGGAAAUCAGGAACCCCGCACGAAAGGCAGCGUACAUCAGCGGUGCUGUUCACAACGGGAUCAUGGACGCGAAGCACCAGUUCUGGGAUGAACAGGCAGCAAGCGGUGCCUUCGACUCUGCUCGAUUCAGCGCCAUCGAGGAUUUCACACCCUGUGUCGAUGGCUUCGCUGGGGAGUUCCGUUGUAACAACAUCGAUCUCUAUAGCUUCUACACCCACGCAGAGCUAGGCAGCACCGUCGGACAAGGGAGCAGCUCCUGGGGAUGGGUUUACGAGGGCCGUGAAUUCAUCAUCAUCGCGCAGGCAGAUGGCGCCGCCAUCGCCGAGGUCACCAGUGACGGUAAGCUCGACUACUUCGGUCGCUUGCCAAAAACGCCCGCAGCCGCCAACGCCAUUUGGAGAGAGUUGCGUGUGCUCGACAACUACCUCGUGGUUGGUUCAGAGGCGGUGAACCACCACGUUCAGAUCUUCGAUUUGCGCAAGGUCCUCGACAUUACCCCCGAGGAGAAGCCCAAGACCUUCGACCCUGCUACCGACCUCACGGCGCUAUGGACGGGCCUUCCUAUCGGUCGCACUCACAACAUUGUCAUCAACUGGGACCUUGGAUACAUUGUUGCCGUUGGCAGUCAACCAAGGACCAGCGAGUUCAGGAGCGGUCUCGUUUUCAUCGACAUCAGCAAUGUUACGAACCCCACACUGGCUGGAUUCCAACCCGACGCUGGCUACGUUCACGGCGCCCAAUGCCUUCUCUACAAGGGACCAGAUGUGAGAUACCUUGGAAACGACAUCUGCUAUGGCUACAACGAAGACAGACUCGUUAUCUACGACGUCACCGACAAGGCGAAUGCCCAAGUUAUUUCCCAGACGAGCUACGAAGGAGCCGCCUAUACUCACCAAGGCUGGGUGCUCGACACCGAGGACCAGCGCUUCCUCAUUCUCGACGACGAGCUCGAUGAGCGUAACGCCGUCGGGCCCGCUGCAGAUGGCCACGCGGUGACCUACAUCUGGGACAUCUCCGACCUCGAAAACCCCCAGCAAACCGGAUUCUACAAGUCCGUAGAUAGAACCGUCGACCACAACCAGUAUGUUCACGAAGGCAAAGCUUACCAGUCGAACUACGGAAACGGGUUACGUGUCCUCGACAUCUCGUCGAUUCCUUCCGACCCGACAGGAAGUGGCGUGAAUGAGAUUGGAUUCUUUGAUAUCUACCCCGAAGACGACAACCAGCCGUCGAAUGGCUCGCUCCAGUUCGUUGGUACAUGGUCGAGUUACCCUUACCUCCCUAGCGGGUUUAUCAUCAUUAACACCAUUGAGCGUGGCGCGUAUGUCGUCAAGCUCAAGGAAGGUGCCACCGCUUA